AUGACCUUAGUAAUAACAGAUAGUUGGCCAACAGCAAUCAAAAGUGUUCAUAUUAAAAUUGUUAUACCAAAAUUUAUUCCGGAUUGCUUUGCUUUAGUUGUUCGGUAUGUUCCACCUGAAUUGGAUCUCGAAUUUAUUAAAGAAGAAAUUAAGCGUACUAUUGCAUCAGCUGAUAAUAUAAAACAAAUUUACUACAUGUACGAACGGAAGUCUAAUGAUUUUCGCUUUACAGUAACUGAUUUAACGGAAUAUAAUACAGCGCGUGAACUUGUGUGGAAUGGUGUACAAAUAGAAAUCGGUCAAGAUAUACCACCUGAUUCAACAAAAGUACUUCUGCUUAAAACUGAAAACUUGGUUGAAAUGCGUGAAAGUAAUAGAAGAGUAGAAGAGAAACUUGAAAAAAUCAAUACACUAGUGAAUCAAACAGCAUUAGAUGCAGAAUUACACGAAAGCACAAUGAAUAAAUUGAUUGAAAAUGUCCAAUCACUCAUUCAAAAUGUGCUUCGUCCGAUAGCGAAUCAAGUAAAGCCUGAUUUAGUGAAAUACAAGAUAGGUUUACAAUCUAUCUACGAUAAUCUUCGUGAUCUAAAAACGGAUUUAAAAAAUGAUUAUGAAAUAAGACGUAAACGCCCAACAUCAUCACUUCAACCACCAAUUCCAGAUAAACAGAUUACAACAUCUGAAAUCACGAUUAGUGAUGAUUCAUUAUGUACGAAACAAUCAUAA